ACCCACUCAGAAUGAUCUUGAAAUAUCUUUCUUUCAACACAGCCGCAAAUCGUCACGAGGAACCGAGCUGAUUAACAUUGGGAACGGAGAACGGCUUUCCCAGAGAUAUUCCUCAAAGGCCAUCAUCAGGUCCAGGUCUAGCCAAAGCAUGCAGGAGAUCAUGAGGAAGCUACAAAACACCUUGUACGGAAAUUACACCGAAGAUCAGUUAUCCAUGAGUGUGAAGCAAAAAGAUACACGUGUUAUUUCUUUUGAUCCAGCAUCGUGUUCUGAACAGACUGUCUGGUCCAACUACAAAGGGAUUUACACCUGGCCAAAGACGGUUCCAUCUAAUCUGACGACCUUGCCCUGUGAGGCCAACCAAGAGUUGACAGCUUCCAGAGUAUGCUGGAUUAACCUUCAGACUGAAAAAAGCCUAUUGGAAGAGGUCAAACUUGACCGCCUGUCCUCUGUUGCAAAAUUUGCCAGAUAAUAUACUGGAUCUUAAAAAUAUCACCGUCACAGUCGAAAAUGCUGAAGAGGUGGCAGAUCAUAUUUUAUUUCUCUUGAGUUUUUCGGACUUGAAUAAAGACAAAAUCGAGGUCCUGAUCAGCAAACUGACCGAUAUUGCCAACUGUGAAGAAAUUAGCCUGGCCCUCGCGAAGAAGACACUGCAAAUCAUCAAUAUCCUUCUGGAAGAUAAAAACCAACUGCAGGACAUGCGAAUGGUGCUCAACAGAAUCUUAACGCUCAUGGAAGAAAUUGGUUUCAAGAUGACCUUCAAUGGGAGAAAUGAAUCGGUCAUCUUGCCUAAGCUGGUUUUGACGGUGCUACGACCAGAUCCCAUGAACUUCCAAGGAGUUGCUUUUGGGAUUGUAUCCUACACUUUGGAGACCAGUCCACAGCUCAGCAUCCAAGCAACACCCUUCACGAAUGCCCAGGCCUCGAUAUAUUUACCAGGAUUAUUGAGAAAUUACCUAACGUCCCAAUCUUUUGAUAGAGAAAAUUUUACCGGGAUUCAAUUCACCUUUUUUGGUGCCCCGUCAUUGUUUAAGGAUGACAGUUUGAAGAACGAAGUUCUGAACACCUAUGUUGUAGGUGCCAGCAUUGAAAACAAGACAAUUGAAGACCUCAAGGAACCAGUCAGCAUAGUUCUGGAGCACAGAAGUCCACAUGGGGACAAUGCUACUGUGCACUGCGUCUUUUGGGACUUCAGUAGGAAUGAUGGUCUGGGUGGCUGGAAUACCUCAGGGUGUGAAAUAAAACAUACCGAUAGGAUCUACACAGUCUGCAGUUGUAGUCAUCUGACCCAUUUUGGAGUUCUGCUGGACUUAUCUCGGACACCCCUCAGCAAUGCGGAUGAGUGGGCUUUAACACUGGUGACUUAUGUGGGCUGUGGCAUUUCUUCCAUCUUCCUGGGCUUGGCGUUGUUGGUUUAUUUCUCGACUGACAAAGUCCUUGAGGACUACCCUUCCAAAAUCCUCGUCAACCUCUGCUUUGCUUUGUUGAUGCUAAACCUUGCCUUCUUGGUGAACUCUUGGCUCGCCAUGUUUCAAAAUCGCGGCCUUUGUAUCGCGGCUGCUGUGAUCUUGCAUUACUUCCUGCUCUCUGCUUUUACCUGGAUGGGUCUGGAAGCCGUCAACAUGUAUUUUGCCCUGGUGAAAGUCUUCAAAGUCUACAUUCCGUAUUACAUGCUCAAGUUUUCCAUAGCUGGGUGGGGAAUUCCAGCACUUAUUGUAACUGUGGUCCUCAGCAUCAACAAAGACUUCUAUGGGACUGAAUAUGCUUUGAGAAGGAGCGCCAACAGCCCAUCCAUGCAGUUUUGCUGGAUUCAGGACAACUGGGUUUUUUACAUCUCUCUAGUUGGCUAUUUCAUCCUGGUAUUCCUGAUCAACAUUAGCAUGUUCGUUACUGUCCUUUGUCAAAUCCGUGUCAUGAAAACCAACAAUCCCAGGGCCAGGAAGGACCGGAGCCAAGAAUUCCUCCUUGACUUGAAGAGAAUCAUCAGCUUGACAUUCCUGCUGGGUUUGACGUGGGGUUUUGCCUUCUUUGCAUGGGGCCCCUUGAAGACUGGCUUCAUGUACGUCUUUGCCAUUUGCAACUCCUUGCAAGGGUUCUUCAUCUUUGUCUUUUACUGCCUCAUGAAGGAUAACGUCAGGAAGCAAUGCCAGAUACACUUCUGUUGUGGGAAAUUUCGGCUCAGCAAUUUCCAGAGGAUCAGCUCAGCCACCGUGCUGGGAAAUUACCCUUGCAUCAUUGAGCGGAAACACUCAUGUCAUUCUCUGAAGUCCCUCAAGACUUGCACCACUGGCUGCUCCAUAUCCAAUGGCUCUGGCAGUUUACCUGAAGCAAGUCCAGACAUUGGGGUUAAAACUGAUCACGUUGCUUGCUGCAGCAACAGCCAUAUGUCCUCAGCUUCUCAGGCAGUCCAACUUCCCCGAGCGAGGAGAAUAUCGUCAGAGGUUGAUCUACACCACACAGAGAAAAAUAAAGAUUUGUCUUAAAGGGGAA